AUGUCAAAACGUCCCUCAUCCCCUUCGCUCGAGGGCAAGUCGGCCACCACUUCGGCUCCCUCCCAGCUCAACCGCGUCAAGGAUGCCGACGGUGACGAUGAUAUGGGCGAAUUCGAGGACCAGUUCGAAGACGAAUUCGACGAGGAAGACACCGACGCCGUCAUUGCCUCCCGCGAUUCAGAAGAUUCCGACGACGAUGAUGACGGCGCUGAGACCAUGGAGGUCGACGGUAUCAAGGUUGACGGCAAGAUCCAGCGCCCCGAAGAGGAUCAAGCAGGCGCAGCUGCACCCGCAGAGCAGGUCUACAUCCCCGGUAUUAACAAGCUCGAAGAAGGUCAGACGCUCGAAGCAGAUCAGAGCGCCUACGAGAUGCUUCACCGCCUCAACGUCACAUGGCCUUGCCUUUCCUUCGACCACCUCAAAGACCAUCUCGGCAACGACAGGCAGAGCUACCCGCAUACUUCGUACAUGGUCGCCGGUACUCAGGCCGACAUUGCUUCCCGCAACGAGAUCCUCGUCAUGAAGGCCAGCUCGCUCCACAAGACCCAGAACGAUGAUGGCUCAUCCGACGAUGAAGACGACGACGAGAACGACCUCGACGAUGACGCUAUCCUCGAAUACAAGUCCAUCCCCGUCGUUGGCGGCAUCAACCGUGUUCGUGCCGCCCCGACCUCUACACCCGUCUCUGACCUCGAACCGUGUCUCGAUCCAUACCCCGUCGCCGCGUGGUCCGAAGUCGGCGAUGUCAAGAUCUUUGACGUCCGACAGCUCCUCAACGCUCUCGAUCGACCCGGAACCAGCUACGACACUCGCAAGGUCAACACGCCCAUGUUCACCGUCAAGGCGCACAACGGUGUCGAAGGAUACGCGAUGGACUGGGCCGGCGUAGUCAACGGUGGAUCCUCAGCCGGCGGCAAGGCCUCUUCCUUGCGAUUGUUGACCGGUGACAUUCACAGCAAGAUCUUCCUCACAACCGCCAACAAUGCCGGUUUCACAACAAAUCCCACUCCCUUCACAUCACACACGUCGUCCGUCGAGGACUUGCAAUGGUCGCCCAAGGAACCUACCGUGUUCGCAUCAUGUUCCGCCGAUCGCUCCAUUCGAGUCUGGGAUGUACGAGUCAAGAACCGACGCAGCGUCAUCUCCGUCGAGAAUGCGCACGCACAAGAUGUCAACGUCAUCUCCUGGAACCGCGGCACUGACUACCUGCUCGUAUCAGGUGGAGACGAGGGCGCGCUUAAAGUCUGGGAUCUCCGACACUUCAAGCCCAACUCUACCACCGCUCCUUCCCCCGUAGCCCACUUCGACUGGCACAAGGCCCCCAUCUCUUCCGUCGAAUGGCACCCCACCGAAGACUCGAUCUUUGCCGCUUCCGGACGCGACGAUCAGGUCACACUCUGGGAUCUUUCCGUCGAACAGGACGACGAAGAAGCUGCGAACGCUGACGGCUUGAAGGACGUCCCACCUCAACUGCUCUUCUGCCACCACGGUCUGACCGAUUGCAAGGAGCUGCACUGGCACCCGCAGAUCCCAGGUAUGAUCGGAACCACCAGUCUCGACGGUUUCAACCUGUUCAAGACCAUCUCUGUCUGA